AUGGCACCUCCAAAGAAGCAGAAGGUUGCAAACAAGUCACAACAAGCCAGACACAAUCCACCGAAGCAGCAAACCUUCACUGGCAUUAUUGGCACCACCAGUACUCGUAGUACACAGAAAAUCUCUGAAACUCAACAACAGGCCGCCCCAAUCCAACUACAGCAAUCCAUUCUGGACGUCUUUUGCCGCGCCUUCCACGGCGAUCAACGUUCCCUAGACGACAUCAAUGCGUCUAUCCAAAAGGUAAAAGGCCAUCUCUUCCUGCGAGAAUUUUCACAUGCUUUCGCCAAGCAAGAAUACCUGGACGCGUAUGCUCUGAGGUGGAGUGCCAGCCGUGCUCUGGGUUAUCUAGACAUCCUGCUACACGGCGACCUGCAGGAUUUCUGGCUCGGCGAAAUCACUUCGAGGCCAGAUGACAAUAAUAAUGCUGCAGACGCACAUACGAGUACGGACGCAGCUGAUCCACCGCGAGAGCAGAGCGACAGCGGCGCUUGUAGAAUCGCUUGCAUUGGAGGUGGUGGGGGCGCGGAGGUGGCUGCAUGUGCGGCUGCAGCACUGGCCCUCAGCACCACCACUUUCGACUCUGCUCGUUCGGGACCACGCCCGCUUUCUUUAUCGUUGUCGCCGUCGUCCAAAGCGGAAAUUCACGCCAUCGAUAUCGCAGACUGGUCGGGUUGUGUUGAAAAGCUGACGACCGCUCUGACCGCCCCGCGAGAACUGUCGGCGUAUGCGAGCGAGAGCGCCAAAGCCGCGAACAAACCCCUGAUCGACCCGGGUUGUCUGCAGGUUCGCUUUUCGCAGCGCGAUAUCUUGAACGCGGACGAGGAUGCUCUCCGUGGCUUGCUCGGUGGCGUCGGUCUAUGCACCAUCAUGUUCACCUUGAACGAGCUGUUCACGGACUCGAUCGCACGGGCUACCGCCUUCUUGUUGGCGCUUACUGAUGUCAUGGCAUUGGGUUCAUGGUUCCUGGUCGUAGACAGUCCUGGUAGCUACUCCGAGGUCAAGUUGGGUAACGGUGAGGACGCAAAGUCAAAGCGAUAUCCCAUGAAAUGGCUGCUCGAUCAUACACUACUGGAGGUUGCAGGAGGUAAGAACAGUAAGUGGAGGAAACAUGUCUCUGAUGAUUCACGCUGGUUCAGGCUGAACCCGGCCCUGAAAUAUCCCAUGGAUCUCGAGAACAUGAGAUAUCAGAUUCAUCUCUAUCAAAGAAUAGAAUCCGAAGGUUCUUGA